AUGGAACCCGCGAAAGACCCGGAGCUGAACACAACGGCCGCCGCUAUAGACGUUAGCGAAGCCGGAGACCACCGUAGCGUGGUGGUGGAGCUACCGCUCGGUGACUCUGCGGCCACAUUUAACCUCGAAAAGGCCAUCUGCAGUCACGGAUUGUUCAUGAUGGCCCCAAAUCACUGGGACCCUCUCACCAAAACCCUUCGACGCCCUUUACGCCUCGAUCCCGAAGACGAUCAGGAUGUCUCUGUUUCUUCUUCAUUCCUUGUCCAAAUUUCUCACCCUCUGACUUUCCUCACUCACUCCGUCUCCGUGUAUUCGACACUGAUUUUCUCUCUCCUCGGCGACAACAAGCAUUGCUGGGUCAAGUGA